AAGUUUCUGCCCCUUGUAGUGAUUCCGGGUGCUCCCAGAAAAAAUCUUAAAAGUGGGAGUUGACAGCCUAAUUUGUUGUUGUCUUUUCUCUCGUCUGUUGUCAUCUAGUCUCAAGCUGCAGCCAUGCCCGGGAUAGAGAAACUGCCUCUCGAAGAGACCUUGGAGGACAGCCCGCAGACCCGAUCUCUGCUGGGAGUGUUUGAGGAGGACACGGCAGUCAUGUCCAACUACUGCACCAUGCUUUAUCAGGCCAUGCACAGGAUCUAUGACGCCCAGAAUGAGCUGAGUGCUGCAACACAUCUCACGUCCAAACUGCUAAAAGAGUAUGACAAACAGCGCUUCCCGUUAGGGGGCGACGAUGAAGUAAUGAGCUCCACCCUGCAGCAGUUUGCGAAAGUCAUCGAUGAGCUGAGCUCUUGUCACGCCGUUUUGUCGACCCAACUGGCCGAUGCCAUGAUGUUCCCCAUAACACAGUUCAAAGAGAGAGACCUGAAGGAGAUCCUAACUCUGAAGGAAGUAUUUCAAAUAUCCAGCAAUGAUCACGACACGGCCAUCAACAGAUACAGCCGCCUGUCCAAGAGGAAGGACAACGACAAGAUGCGCGCCGAGGCGGUGGAGGAUGUGUACACGUCGCGCAAGAAGCAACACCAGACUAUGAUGCACUACUUCUGCUCCCUCAACACGCUGCAGUACAAGAAGAAGACGGCGCUGCUGGAGCCGCUCCUGGGAUACAUGCAGGCUCAGAUCAACUUCUUUAAGAUGGGCUCCGAAAACCUCAGCCAGCAGUGGGAGGACUUCUUGGCCACCAUGGGGACCAGCGUCCAGAACGUGCGUCGGGAGAUGGAGGAGGAGGUGGGCCACAUGCAGCAGACCAUCGAGCAGAUGGAGAAGUCAUGUGACCCUCUGUAUGCGCCCUGCGACCCGGACCCACUCCACUCGCCGGUGUGUCGCAACCUCACCCAGCGGCAGGGCUACCUCUAUGUUCGCAAUAAGACGGGCCUGGUGUCCACAUCGUGGGAGCGUCAGUACUUCUUCACACAAGGGGGCAACCUGAUGCAGCAGGGCCGCGGCGAAGUGGCGGGCGGCCUGGUGACCGACCUGGACAACGCCUCCGUCAUGGCGGUGGACAGUGAUGACCGCCGCUUCUGCUUCCAGAUCACAUCCUUCGACGGCAAGAAAGUGGUGACGCUGCAAGCGGAGAGCAGGAAGGACUGCGAAGAGUGGAUCGCCACCAUCAACAACAUCUCUCGGCGCAUCUACCUGAGCGAGAACACGGAGGAAGUGGCAGCCAGAAUCAACCAAUUAGCCAUUGAGGCGGUGACGCCGUCGCCGUCCUUCCAACAGAGACACGACAGCAUGCGGCCUGCCAGCAAGAGCCACGUGGGGCGAACCGGCAGCAUCAGCUCAGCGGGCUCCGAGCCAUCGCCCGCCCUCUCUGCCCUCUCAUUGGAUGCUCUGGUUGCCCCGGAAACGCCAAUCCAGUUUGACAUCAUCUCCCCUGUCAGCGAGGAAAAUGCCAGACAUGGCAAGACGGCAGCGCAGGCUGGCAGGAGAAGUAAUCCAUUUGGCGAGUCGGGUGACAAAACAUCAGAGGACAGCGAAGACUCGAUCCUGCACCAGCUCUUCAUCGUCCGCUUUCUGGGCUCCAUGGAGGUGAAAAGUGCCGAGUCGGCGGAUGUCAUCCCCGAGACCAUGAGGCAAAUCCUGGCGGCUCGCGCCAUUCACAACAUUUUCAGGAUGACCGAGUCGCACCUGCUGGUCACCUGCGAUUGCCUCAAGCUCAUCGACCCGCAGACACAAGUGACAAGACUCACGUUCCCUCUGUCAAGCGUGCUUCAGUCUUCGUCCCAUCAGGACAACAAGAGGCUCUUUGGAUUCAUCAUGCACUCUGCCAGCGGGCAUGCCGACGGACGAGCCGUCUGCUACAUCUUGGAGUCCAAUGAUGACGGCGAGAAGAUUUGCGACAGCAUCGGUUUGGCUAAGCAGAUUGCCCUCCACUCUGUUCUGGACCGCAAGGCGACGGAGAAACGCAAGGAGCAGGACAAAGCCAAAGAGAAGCAGCUGGAGGAACUCAGCAAACAGAGACAGAUAGAGAUGGACCUGGAGGAGCAAAGCCGCCUCAUCGCCGCCUCCAGUCGUCCCGCCAACUCCGCUGGGGCUGACGGACACUUUGUGGUACUGAGCAACAGCCAGUCAGAGGACAGCGAUGCCGGCGGGGAGGAGGGCAAGAAGAAGUGCGAGUCUGACGCCUAGUCAUGCGCCUAAAAGUGGUACGAAGCCUCCGCCCAUCCGCCCCUUGCUCAGGAACCAACACCCACCCGUCCGGGCUGCCUGGGAAUGGGAAAAAAAAAAAAGUUAAAUCACAGACUCUCUUGUUUUAGGGUUUUUUUUUUAAAGAAAAAAAAAGGUUUUUAUAUUUUGGCAACUAUAGAUAUAAAACUUUCGUUUCCUAUUUCUUCACAUAAUCAUUUUGUCUACAGGUGAGUCUUAUUCUGAAAAAUCCUCCCUGGUUGGUUGUCAUUAUUCUGCACUGAUUUGAAAGCAGCCAAUGAUCACGCACUUUUGAGGCUGAAUCCAUAUGUCAACGUUUGAGCCAAGUCGCAAAUUUUACAUGAGAAAAAUGUUGCAACCAAACAAAUGUCAUAUGAAGGAAUCAAAGUGAACCCUUGCAUAUUUGCAGUUUGGCAUUUGCUUAUUUGCAGAUUGUUUUUUUUUUCUCACUGUAUUCCUUCUGUGGCACCUUUGUAUACAGUACUGUAUCUUGAAAUGAGGUUAGGUGGUUGCUUGGGACAAAAGUAUUGAAUUGUGCCUGUUCUCAUCAUUGGUGUCAUCAAAUGGGAGUCCGAUAACGCCACUCUGAUGAAGCGAAGACUCCCAUUCAAAGAGCCUAAGCGUGCUUGAUUCAAUGGGUUUCUCUCUCUCUCUCUCUCUCUCUCUCUCUCACACACACAGUUGUUUUUUUUGUAAAUAUGACACACAAAACAAAGAACAUUGUAUGUUGAAACACCCAAAAGGUUCCACCAAACCAAAUCAUUGACGAAAGUCUAAUGCGAACAUGACAUAUGCAAAGUGCUCUUGACAGGCUAAUGGAAAUUAGCAUCGAUGUUAAAAUAUCACAAACUUGAAAAAAAAAUUGGGGAACCCGAUGCUGAACAAAACACAUAAAUGUACCGUCUGCCAUAUACUGGAAGAGUAUUUUAUUGUUUUGCCUGUCGCUAUAUGUCUCUGGCAUCUGUAGACGAACAAAGACAUUUGUUGUUGAAGUUUUGCAGACCAAUUUGGUACAAUUGGAUAAGUAGUGGUUGGGAGUCACUGCUUUUUGUGGCACAUUGCAGACUGAGAGAGUCUGAAUACCCAACUGCCACCACUGUAGUCUGUAUUUUCAAAAGGAUUACCAAACAAAUGAUGCGAAUGGGAGACAAUGUGGCAACCCAAGAAGGGACAAAAAGUCACAGCAAACACAACCACAACACGAUUCAAUAGCAAGAUGUGUUGAUGAUUGCUGAUAAACCACAGUUUCUGGAUAUAAAGUAGAAGAAAAUGUUUACUGAUUAUCAUUUGGGUCAUAUUGUUGGGAGCUUUUGUUCAGUUUGUGUUGACCGUUGGGCACUUUACUGACGCCAUAUUGUCGUAAUGUACAUAUACGCCUCAUGAUCAAUGUUUCAAGUUUGUCAUUUAACAAAACAAAA